AUGGCGCCUACCACUACCCGACCACCCCGCAUUCGGGCGGCUUUAUUCGAUAUGGACGGCCUACUCAUCGACUCCGAGGACCUCUACACGAUUGUCACAAACACCAUUCUUCAACGUUACGGCCGUCCAGCACUCCCGUGGUCAAUCAAAGCGCAGCUGCAAGGGCGGCCCGGCCCCCAAGCUAGUCAAAUCUUCCACAAUUGGGCGCAAUUGCCUAUUUCCCAUGAAAAAUUCAUGGAGGAGCAGAAAGCAUUACAAACAGAGCUGUUUCCAACUACGAAGCCUCUGGAUGGUGUCAUGGACCUACUUGCCGGACUGAAGAAGCGAAAUGUGCACAUGGCGCUUGCAACCAGCAGUCAUGCGGGCAACUUCAAGCUGAAGAGUAGCCACCUAGGUGACUUGUUUCAUUAUUUUGCACCAGAACAUCAGGUUCUGGGUGAUGAUCCGCGUAUACCCCCUGGCAGGGGUAAACCCGCGCCGGAUAUCUACCUACUGGCUCUGUCCACUCUCAAUGAAACACUGGAGGCGCAAGGCCAACCACCAAUUCAACCUGAAGAAUGCCUGGUUUUUGAGGAUAGCAUUCCUGGUGUAGAAUCAGGACGCAGGGCUGGUAUGCAGGUAGUAUGGUGCCCACAUCCCGAGCUCCUAGCUGAGUUCAAGGGGCGUGAGCCUGAGGUACUUGCUGGCUUGACUGGCGAGCACAAGGAAGACGAAGAGGAGCAACUGCGAAAGACUGAAACUGAGGCUGCGCAAGGGAGAAGAAGAGUUGGAAUGCCAGGAAAGAUCAAUGAUGGAUGGGCUCGUCUCUUGCAUAGCUUGGUCGACUUUCCCUACGAAAGCUAUGGCAUGGUUGACAAUGCCAACGCGUAA